AUGGCCGUUUCGACCUUGAACUACAACCACUUUACCUCGGGAACACAAGAGCAGCGUGAGACAUUUGCUCGUGAACUCCUAGACAGCUUUGAGAGAACUGGAUUCGCGAAGCUCAAAGCUCACACCUUCAGUGCACAAGAACUGAACGAAUUGUUCACCUGGGGUCACAAAUUCUUCGAUCAGCCAUUGGAUGUGAAGAAUGAAAUUCCGAAUGAGACAGGACCUCGACCCAUGCGUGGCUACACACCGUGGAGGGUUGAGGAAGUCGGGAGGCUUCACCGUGAUGAAAGGGUUAGGCUCAUGAAGGAUUCCAAGGAGCAUUUUGAUCAAGGCCCCAGCUAUGACACUGAAUUCCCAAACCAAUGGCCAAAAGCACCUGAGCUAUCGGGCUUCAAACGCUUCAUGGAAGACUUUUACCAGCAAUGCGAUGAUACCUGCCUAACGCUCAUGGCAGCGCUUGAGGUUGCCUGGGGUAUCGAUGAUGGGUCGUUGGUCGCACGCUGUGUUCCCAGCUCCACCGACCUCCGACUGACUCACUAUCCUGCAAUCCCUGUUGAGGAGAUGCAGGGAGACCGGGCAAGCCGCAUUGCACCCCACACUGAUUUUGGUCCCAUCACGCUGCUGUUCCAGGACAGCACUGGUGGUCUAGAAAUCGAAGACCGGGACGAGAAUUCGAAGACCAAGUCUUUUGUUCCAUUGCCGCCCACGGAUACGACAGAAAUGAUUGUGAAUGUUGGCGAUACGCUGACGCGCUGGACAAAUGGAAAGAUCACCGGAGGCAUCCACCAGGUCACUGCGCCGGAAGCAAUGAAGGAGGGCAGCGGCCUGAUGAUUCCACCCCGAAUGUCCAUGGCCUAUCUCUUCAAGGCUGGACGGAAUGUCUCGGUUGGCCCCUUGCCAAAGUUUGUGUCGGACAGGCAACCUGCCAUUUAUCCCGACAUGACGGCUUUCGAAUUUCAACAGUGGAGAAACAGCACCGUGUACGGACUUAACAAAAAAGAGCAUCUGAACGAGAAAGAGCAACUAAACGACAAAGAGCACAUGAUUGUCGCUGGUAGCUGGAAUAGUACCCCCAAGGCUAUUCUGCUGCAGGCGUGA